GUGGUUACAGCUUGCUUGUUCCGGUACAAUGGGCUAUCAUUCGUCUACCUCAUCUACCUCCUCCUUAUCCCCCUCUUCGCUGAGCCCACCAGCACAACCAUGCAGGGCCACACGGGGCGCCUGCUCAUGUCCCUGUGCUUCAGCAGUCUCAGCUUCCUGCUCUUCCACAUCAUCUAUCAGAUCACUGUCAACAGUCUAUUGGCUGGGAACAACAUAGACCGCGCCUUCAACUGUUCAACGUGGGAGAAAUCUAUACGGCAAAUUGGCUUCGAAAGUGUGAUAGGUGCAGAUGCAGGGAACGGUAUCCGUGUGUUCCUCCCUGACAUAGGGAUGUUCCUAGCAGGGCUGGCCUGCUGGCUUCUGUGUCGUAGUCUGUUUCAGAAGAGACCGCCAGAGGACAUGGCCCAGGACAACACUGACUACGAACCGGAGGGAGAGGAGGAAGAGGAGAAGCUGAGCCUUGAUGACAACGUCCUGUUGGAUGAGGACUUUGAGGCUGGGUACGAGGCUGGAGAAGAGGAGGAGGAAGAGAUGGAGGAGGAAGAGGGGGAAGAUGAUGAAGAGGAGGAGGAGAGCAACAAGAUGAAGAUUCUGCGUCACAUUGCGGGCGUGGCGUCUAAAGUGAAGGAGAUCAUCGGGAAUCUGAUCACCACCGCGGGAAAAGUGGUGGUCACUAUACUGUUAGGAGUCACAGGUAUCACGCUGCCCUCGCUGACCUCUGCGGUCUAUUUCUUCCUGUUCCUGUUCCUGUGUACGUGGUGGUCGUUCUGCCGCACCUUCGACACCCUCAUCUUCAGCUGUAUGUGUGUCCUCAUGGCCAUAUUCAGCGCUGGACACCUGGUCGUCCUCUACCUCUAUCAGUUUCAGUUCUUCCAAGAGAGCAUCCCUCCAGAGGACAGCUACAUCAGGUUAUCUGGCAUCUCAUCCAUCAUCCAGACUGACUGCUCUAUAGAGGUAGGUAACACCCUGGUAUCCUCCACGUGGAGGAUGAUAGUUAACCCUGAUCUGGCCUGGCACCACUUUGUCAACCCCAUUAUGCUGCUGCUGCUGUACUACACCCUGGCCACUCUCAUACGCCUCUGGCUCCAGGAACCUAUAGAGGAGGGAGAGGACGGAGAGGAAGAGGAGGAGGUGGUUGGGAACGGCACCAGGAACUCUGCGGACAAGAGGAGACAGCUGUGGUGGAAAGCUCACCAACGCACAGAGGAAAGAAACGGGUUGGCUGCAAAGUCCAACGGGACGUCUUGUGACAUCUCCACCCUAAACUCGGUGGAGAAUAGACCGGGCGAUGAGGAGGAGGAGGAGGAGAUGAAGGAGGAGGAGGAGGAGGAGGAGGAGAUGAAGGAGGGCAGAGUGAAUGCUGUAGUAACAGUGUUCAGGUUCAUUAUGAAGCAGAGCUAUAUCUGUGCUCUCAUAGCCAUGAUGGCGUGGAGCAUCACGUAUGUUAGCUGGCUGACGUUUGUGUUCCUGAUGUGGUCGUGCAUGUUGUGGAUGGUGAGGGACCGUCGUCGUUACACCAUGCUAACCUCUCCCUUCAUGGUGCUCUACGGGAACCUGCUCAUUGUGCUGCAGUACAUCUGGAGCUUUGAGCUGCUGGAGCCCGUGCCUGGACUCUUCCUCAAGAAGGACGUGCCCUUCAGUGAACUGGGAUCCAAGGUCCUGUGUCUGUUGAGCUUCUGGCUGCUGCUGAGACAGACUCUGACAGAGAGAAAGGACAAGCAGAGAGAGGAGGAUGCUGUACUCACUGACGUACAUGUGGAUGACCAACCCAAGAAGAAGAAGGGACUUCAGGAUGAGGAAGGAGGGGAGCAGGACAUCAUGCAGGUUCUGGGGAACAUGGUGAUGGAGAUGCUGGUGAAAUACUGGAUCUAUAUCUGUGGAGGAAUGUUCUUCUUCGUCAGCUUCGAGGGACGCAUGGUCAUGUAUAAGAUCAUCUACAUGAUGCUCUUCCUCUUCUGUGUGGCGCUCUAUCAGGUGCACUAUGAGUACUGGAGGAGGAUACUGAAGUACUUCUGGAUGUCUGUGGUGGUCUACACCAUGCUGGUCCUCGUCCUGGUCUACACCUUCCAGUUUGAGACUUCUCUACCCUUCUGGUCUAACAUGACUGGCAUGAGUGAAGAGAAACUGAAGGACCUGGGGCUAGAACAGUUCUCCGUAUCGAUGCUCUUCACACGUAUCUUCAUCCCCACCUCCUUCCUCCUGGUGUGUAUCCUCCACCUUCACUACUUCCACGACCGCUUCCUGCUGCUCACUGACCUGAAGGCUGUGGCCCAAAAACAGGACAGCACCAUCUACAGUCAUGCUAAAGUCAAUGGUCGCGUGUAUCUGAUCAUGAACAGACUGGUACACCAGGAUGGAAGCCUGGCUGACAUCACCAUGCUCAGCAUCUCUUCUGGAGAAGGAGUGAUACGAGCAGACGACAAGAAAGAGAAGAAGAAGGAGGGAACCCUGGUGGUGGUGAUGCAGGAGAAAGAUGGAGGGAUGAAGCAGAAAGGAGGCCUCCAUCAGUCUAUAGACCUGCGUCAGUCAUUCGGAAAGUCGUUUGAGUUGCAUCAGUCGUUCCAUAAGUCGUUUGAGUCCAGUGCAGGGUCGGGGGGGAGUGGCCACUGCAGUGUGGGAACUGAGCCAGACCCCUCCACAGAAAACACUACCUCAGACCUAAAGAAUAAGUGGCACCUGGUGGUGGACCGUCUGACUGUGCUGUUCCUCAAGUUCCUGGAAUAUUUCCACAAGCUGCAGCUCUUCAUCUGGUGGCUCCUAGAGAUACACAUCAUCAAGAUCGUCUCUUCGUAUAUCAUACUGGUCUCUGUCAAGGAGGUGUCCUUGUUUAACUACGUGUUCCUGGCGUGCUGGGCCUUCGCUCUACCCUUCGGUCAGUUCAGACCCCUGGCCUCCAGUAUCUGUACAGUCUGGACCUGUGUUAUCAUCGUCUGUAAGAUGUUGUACCAGCUGGAAUCUAUACAACCUGCCUCUUACUCCAAGAACUGCUCCAUGCCAAUGAACUACACAGACAAACAGAGAGAAGAGAUGAAAGACUCUCUGCUGUACAAGGAGCCAGUAGACCCGUCCAACUGGGUCGGACUCAACAAAUUCAACCCUCUACUGGAGAACCUCAGGAACAACCUGCUGAUGUUGGCCAUGCUGGCGUUUGAGGUGACCAUCUACCGUCACCAGCAGUACUACAGACUGAGGAACAAGCUCACCGCGCCCGCCGCUCGCAUCAUCUUCCAUGACAUCACGCGGCAACACCUCGACAACGGCAUUGGCAACUGUGCCAAGUACUUCAUCAACUACUUCUUCUACAAGUUCGGGCUGGAGACAUGCUUCCUACUGGCGGUGAAUGUGAUUGGCCAGCGUAUGGACUUCUAUGCUGUGCUGCAUGCCUUCUCUCUGAUAGCCGUGAUGUACAGACGUAGGAGGAAAGCUAUAGCUGAGAUCUGGCCUAAAUACUGUUGUUUCCAGGCCUGUAUUCUAACCUGGCAGUACUUUGUGUGCAUCGGGAUACCACCUGCAGCUUGCAAAGACUACCCAUGGAGGUUCCCAAACUCUGCAAUGGACUCCAACGUCAUCAAGUGGCUUUAUUUCCCUGACUUCCACACCAACCCCAACCCAAUCUUUCUCGUCUAUGACUUCAUGCUCCUCCUCUGCGCCUCACUCCAGAGGAGUGUAUUUGAUGAGGAGAACAAGGCAGCUGUCCGUCUCAUGGCCGGAGACAACGUGGAGAUCUGCAGAGAUUUAGACGCGGCCUCGUUCAGCGUUCACAACCCUGUGCCUGACUUCAUACACUGCAGAUCCUACCUGGACAUGCUGAAGGUGAUCAUGUUCAGCUACCUGUUCUGGUUCGUCCUCACCAUCAUCUUCAUCACCGGCACCACACGUAUCAGCCUCUUCUGUUUGGGCUAUCUGGUGGGAUGUUUCUACUUCCUGUUGUUCGGCGGGGAGCUGCUGCUCAAGCCAAUCAAAAAGAUCCUCCACUACUGGGACUUCCUGAUCGCCUAUAACGUGUUUGUGAUCACCAUGAAGAAUAUCCUGUCUAUCCUGGCCUGUGGCUACAUCAAUGUCCUGGUGGUAAAUAACUGCUGGCUGAUCCAGCUCCUCAGUCUGGCCUGCACCAUCAAGGAGUAUAAGGUCAAGUGUGAUCUGCCCAGCGACGAGGCUGGGAUCAUCUGGGACAGCAUCUGCUUUGCCUUCCUGCUGUUGCAGAGACGCGUCUUCAUGAGUUACUACUUCCUCCAUGUGGUGGCUGACAUCAGGGCCUCACAGAUACUGGCCUCCAGAGGGGCUGAAUUGUUCCAGGCUACUAUAGUGAAGGCAGUGAGAGCCAGACUGGAGGAAGAGAACAAGUCUAUGGAGCAGCUGAAGAGACAGAUGGACCGUAUAAAGCAGCGCCAGGAGAAGUUUAAGAGUGGGAAGAAAAAGAUGUUGAGCCUGGCCCAGGAAUCUGGGGACAGAGAGAACCCCAUCCAGCCGCAGGAAUCUGGGGACAGAGAGAACCCCAUCCAGCCACAGGAGCAGGAGGAAGAGGAUGAUGGAGCAGAGCGAGAAAGAGAGAAAGAGAAAGUGAAAGAGAAAGAAACAGCCAAGACUAAAAAAAGGCAGUGGUGGCGGCCUUGGGUUGACCACGCCUCCAUGGUGAGAAGUGGAGAUUAUUACUUGUUUGAAACUGACAGUGAAGAAGAGGAGGAAGAGGAGGAGAAAAGAGAUGAUCAAGAGCUGCCCAAGAAGUCAGCGUUUCAGCGAGCUAUUGGGAAGUUUGCCUCAGCUCUUAUAGCUCUGCCCAGAUCUAUCAUUAAACUGCCCAAAACCAUCCUUCAGUAUGUAAUCAGGGCAGCCAAGUUUUUCUACCAUGCCUGGAUAACAGACUCCAAGACAGCCAUGAAGGAACGAGGCAAAGAGAAGCGUAAGUUCUGGAAGAGGUACACCAAGAGAGACAAACACAAGAAGGACAAGAAGGAAGGUCAUGUGACUAUAGAGAUGGAGGAAGAUCCGGAGGGAACACAGGAGAAGAAGUCUGACGGACCAGACAACGUCUUGAAGCGAGUGUUCAACAUCAUCAAGUUCACCUGGGUGUUGUUCCAGACCACGGUGGAGAGCUUCACCAAAUGGAUGAACAACGUGUGUAGAGAACACAUAGACAUCUCCACCGUGCUGCGCAUUGAGAGAUGCAUGCUCACUAGAGAGGUCAAAAAGGGAAACGUCCCAUCCAGAGAGAGUAUCCAUGUGUUCUACCAGAAGCAGAUGCGUAUGAGCAUGUCUCGGGGGUCCAGCCUGGACCGGCUCAGUGAGGAGGACAGUGCGUCGGGGGGGUCUCACAGGGUCCACAGGAGGAGAGGCGACUAUCGCAUGGAGAGCCAGGACAGCAUGGCAUCGUUGGCAUCACGAGACAGCAUAUCCAGUGCCUUCACUGAGGCCACCAUGCUGUUCUCCCGCCAAGACACGCUGGACGAGCUGGACGGAAUGCCGUCAGACAUUCCCAUUCCCAAAACGAGUGAACGUGCCCGGCCAAAACUCCGUAAGAUUUACGGCCUGGACGCCUCCAAAUCAACUGACAGCAGCAGCAGCCAAGUGUCCAGUGAAACGACCCAGUGCAUCACUCUGUACUCCCGGCAGGGCACCACCGACACCAUUGAGGAGGUGGAGGACGAACAGGACCAGGGGGAAAACAGGCUGCACGGACCCUGGGAACACCCACCUCCGGACGGGUCAGAGGGGGCUGAAGACAGCCCCUGGCGGGGUGGAGGAGAUGGGUCCCAGGACUGUACCACUGACAGUGACGACGGGGGUGUCCAGGACCGGCAAGAAUACUUGAAUAGGGAAGAGCGUGACCGGGCGGGGUUGCUGUACACCCCAGACACGGACGCUCCAAAUACCUCGGAUGCUGAUGUGCCUCCCAGCUACAGCAAGGCGGUGAGCUUUGACCGUCUGGAGGUGAGUGAGGAUGAGAGCGACAGGGACGACAAUAGGAUGAUGGCGAUGACCCCAGACACCAGCCGGUCAGACUAUCUGGACGACCCUUUGCUGCCCUCACUGACCACUGAGCUGACCGCCAGCGAACUGCUGCUCAACAAGAUGUUCCAUGAUGAGGAGCUAGAGCGGUCGGAGCGGUUCUAUGUGGGCCAGCCCCUGGUGCUCCAGUUGGUCUACGCCCUGUAUAACAUGCUGGUGGCCCACUCUGAGAUGGUGUGUUACCUAGUCAUCAUCCUCAACAACAUGCUGUCAGCCUCCUGCGUCACCCUGGUCCUCCCCAUCCUCAUCUUCCUCUGGGCCAUGCUGUCGGUACCUAGACCCAGUAAGAGGUUCUGGAUGACUGCCAUUGUAUACACUGAGGUCACCAUCGUCAUCAAGUAUUUCUUCCAGUUUGGCUUUUUCCCCUUCAACCAGAACCCGAAGGUGGACGUGAAUAAACCCUACCACCCUCCAAACAUCAUCGGAGUGGAGAAGAAAGAUGGAUACGUCGUCUAUGACCUCAUACAACUUCUGGCGCUCUUCUUCCACAGGUCCAUCCUGAAGUGUCAUGGUCUAUGGGACGAAGACAACCUUAAGGACACCAAGAAGGAGAUCCUCCGCAGGGACUCUGAGUCAGAGGACGAUGGGAGGAGGGAGAUGGAGGCCACUCCCGUCCCUUCCACACCCCGCGAGAGGAAGGGGUCCACACAGACCCUCAGGUCUAUAAACCUGGGCAUGGGCACCUCCGUGGACUCUGUACACGUCCCCAUGCACAACCCCCAGCCACAGCAGCAGACCUACCAGAGAAGAAAGAGCUCCAGUGGAGGGUCUCAUAUCUCCCACCAGUCAGUCCACUCUGUACGCUCCAAGAGAGGCAGCACUAACUCCAGGAACAGUAGCCACAGAGACGGGAGCGAGUCAGUACAGCAGAAGACCAAGAAACAGCUGAUCAAGGAGAAACUCAGAGAACAGAUGAUCAAAGCCAAGACCUUCACUAUCAAAAGGACCAUGGAGGUGUACCUGCCCAUCCGUCUGUUCUUCUACAACCUGGUCCAUCCAGAGUACAGCGCUGUGACAGACGUCUAUGUUCUAAUGUUCCUGGCCGACACCGUCGACUUCAUUAUCAUCGUCUUCGGCUUCUCUGCUUUUGGGAAACACUCAGCAGGAGCAGACAUCACGUCGUCCCUGUCGGAGGACCAGGUUCCCGGAGCAUUCCUGGUGAUGGUUCUGAUCCAGUUUGGGACCAUGGUGGUGGACCGGGCCCUGUACCUCAAGAAGACAGUGCUGGGGAAGGUCAUCUUCCAGGUGAUCCUGGUGUUCGGGAUCCACUUCUGGAUGUUCUUCAUCCUGCCCGGAGUCACUGAGAGGCGUUUCAAUGAGAACACAGUAGCCAAGCUAUGGUACUGUAUCAAGUGUAUCUACUUUGGGCUGUCAGCCUAUCAGAUCCGCUGUGGCUACCCCACCAGAGUCCUGGGUAACUUCCUCACCAAGAGCUACAACUACGCCAACCUCUUCCUGUUUCAAGGGUUCCGUCUGAUCCCGUUCCUGACUGAGCUGCGUGCGGUGAUGGACUGGGUCUGGACCGACACCUCUCUGUCUUUAUCCUCUUGGAUCUGUGUGGAAGACAUCUACGCUCACAUCUUCGUCCUCAAGUGCUGGAGGGAGUCAGAGAGGAGAUACCCCCAGCCGCGGGGCCAGGCGAAGAAGCCGGUGGUGAAGUAUGGGAUGGGAGGGAUGAUCGUCAUGCUUCUGAUCUGUAUCAUCUGGUUCCCUCUACUCUUCAUGUCUCUGGUCAAGUCUGUGGUGGGGGUGGUCAACAAACCACUGGACGUCUCCUUCUCCAUCACCCUGGCCGGGUUCCAGCCCAUCUUCACAAUGAGUGCUCAGCAGAACCAGCUCAGAGAAGUCUCCAACCAUGAAUUCCAUAACACAUUCAUGAGGUCAUACCUCAGCGACCCUGAAGCGAUGCAGUGGUUGGAGUCCUACAUGCCAGAGGACCUGACCAUAGCUGAGUUGGAGGGCAGCUCUAACAGUCUGUGGACCAUCAGUCCUCCCAGUAGAACUAACAUCAUGAAGAUGCUCAGCUCCAAGGAGCAGUUCCCCAUUACUGUAGCUUGGUCUAUCCAACGGAACCCGACUCUGGGAGCGAAGGCUGAGUUUUCUACAGGGAAGAAAGUGAUGUUUCUGGAUGAUAAGACCAAGCUGGAGCUAUUCCUACUGCUCAAUGGGACCAGAAAAGACGGAGUGGUGAUAAAACAUGGCUUCCAACGGUAUCUCCGAGCCCCGACUGACUCUGAGGCCAAACCCAUAGAGCAGCUGUCUACGGAGGAAGUAUCCAUCACUUUGGCAUUAGAGCGUUUACAUAAUGAUUCAGAGGGGGUCCAGGAGUGGUGGAUCGUGAACCAGACUAGUCCGGGAAAGAUCAACGUUCGUAGCCCCAAGAAUCUGUACAACGCUGGGCUGGAGCUCUAUGUCUUCAGCGAUCAGGUCAGCCCUCCUAGUCUGGGCUUUCUGGCUGGAUACGGGAUCAUGGGUCUGUACGCCUCCGUGGUGCUCGUCAUCGGUAAGUUCGUCCGUGAGUUCUUCAGCGGUAUCUCCCACACCAUCAUGUUCGAGGAGCUGCCCAACGUGGACCGCAUCCUGAAGCUGUGCACCGACAUCUUCCUGGUCCGAGAGACGGGAGAGCUGGACCUGGAGGAAGACAUGUACGCUAAACUCAUCUUCCUCUAUCGCUCGCCUGAGACUAUGAUCAAAUGGACCAGGGAAAAGACUCAGUGA